AGUUGCGUAUGCCUUCCAUUCAUAACGUAAAACGGCUCCAGUGCACCGGCUGAGGUUUAGCUAGAAUAAACUGCAAUUCCUCCCGAAAAUGUCUCACCCAGCGCUGUCGGGAAAGCCUUCCAACCCCGAGAAUCCUCGCGUUUUCUUCGAUGUUGAUAUUGACGGAGAAAGAGCUGGCCGAAUUGUUUUGGAGCUGUUUGCCGACAUCACCCCUAAGACUGCUGAAAACUUCCGGGCACUCUGCACCGGAGAGAAAGGUGUCGGAACAUCGACCGGGAAACCACUGCACUUCAAAGGAUGUCCGUUCCACAGAAUCAUCAAGAAGUUCAUGAUCCAGGGAGGUGACUUCUCAAACCACAAUGGCACAGGGGGUGAGAGCAUCUACGGGGAGAAGUUUGAGGAUGAAAACUUCCACUACAAGCAUGACAAGAUGGGACUUUUAAGCAUGGCCAAUGCAGGGCCCAACACCAACGGCUCACAGUUCUUCAUCACCACUGUCCCCACGCCACACUUGGACGGAAAGCAUGUGGUCUUUGGACAAGUGUUAAAAGGGAUCGGGGUUGUAAAAAUGCUAGAGUCCAUUGAAACUACAGAGGACACCCCUGUAAAGCCUUGCAUCAUAGCUGACUGCGGUGAACAUAAGGACGGGGACAGCUGGGGCGCUGCACCGACUGAUGGAACAGGAGAUGCCCACCCAGACUUCCCUGAGGACUCAGACAUCGACUUUAAAGAUGUUGACAAAGUUCUGUCGGCUGCUGAAGACGUGAAGAAUAUUGGGAACCUCCUUUUUAAGAACCAAGACUGGAAAGCUGCAGUUAAUAAAUAUAAGAAAGCCCUAAGAUACCUGGAGAUGAGUGGAAAUCAGCUGGAAGAGGAAGGGGAACAGAAGAAGCUGGAGCCCACAACAGUCAGCUGCUUCCUCAACACUGCAGCCUGUAAACUGAAGCUGCAGCUCUGGCAGGAGGCUCUGGGGAGCUGUGAUGAGGCUCUGGAACUAAACCAAGAAAACACUAAGGCACUUUUCCGGAGGGCCCAGGCCUGGCAGGGGUUGAAGGAAUAUGACAAAGCCCUGGGAGAUCUAAAGAAAGCUCAGGAAAUAGCUCCAGAAGAUAAAGCCAUCAUCAACGAGAUGAAGAAAGUCCAAAUUAAAAUCCAAGAAGAGAAGGAGAAAGAAAAGAAAAUCUAUGCCAAAAUGUUUGCUUGAAGACUUGGUGCUGCAACAAGUUAUUGUCUGGUAAUGUUUGAAGUCCUCUCAGUAGAAACUAACCUUAUUCAGUGACUCUGUAACCGUUUUUUCAUUUGAGUGGAAGGUUUGUGUUCAUUUAGACCUGGUUUCAUUGUGCUGUAACACUGAAGCACGGACAGGUUACAGCUGAUGAUCCCAGCGAAACAAACUUAAAUCUUAAACCGUUUUACAUAAAGUUGUUUAUCUUGUAUCAUCAGUCUGGUUUAUUUAUGUUUUUACUGGUCAAUAAAACAAAGGAUAACUGAA